AUGCCGGAAUCAGUAAUCUACGUGGCAUUUGGGAUCCAGGCUGAUCUGUCAGAUGCCCAGCUGGACGAGGUUGCUUUUGGGUUGGAGAUAUCGGGUCAUCCUUUCAUAUGGGUCGUCAGGUCCAAGACUUGGUCCACACCUAAUAGUUUGGAGGAGAGGGUGAAAUGUAGGGGUUUGAUAAUGAGAGAAUUGGUCGAUCAACGACAUAUUCUUGCACAAGGUUCGACCGCCGGGUUCUUGAGCCACUGCGGAUGGAAUUCAGUUCUGGAGAGCAUAUCGGAAGGUGUUCCGGUUCUGGCCUGGCCCAUGAUAGCGGACCAGUUCUUUAAUGCUAAGUUUGCUGUUGAUGGGUUGGGUGCAGGGUUGAGUAUUGGGAAGGUGGAGCCCAAAGGCAUUGUAGGGAGGGAGGCGAUCAGCGAAGGUGUGAGGGAGUUGAUGGGAGGAGAAAAGGGGAAGGCUGCGAGAGAAAAGGUCAAGGAAUUGAGCCGAGUGGCCCGGAAGGCGGUUCAGGAGGAUGGUUCAUCUUAUGAAAACUUGAGCCGGCUACUUGACCAACUAGGGGCCUCUAGUCUUACUAACGGCUCUGUACUACACUAG